UCCGCUCGUCACCCGGCGCCCCUUCCGGCAGCGCCCCCUCGGCAGCCGCCAUGGAGAAGGUGGAGGUGGACCGCGAGUUCCCGCGCUCCGUGGGGGGCGUCCUCAAGGGGGCCCGCAUGCUUCUAGCUUUUAUGGCAACCAUCACUUUUGCUAUUAAAAGAUCUCACGAAGCCUUCCUAGCCCUUGUGAUCAUGGAACUUGUCAUUACCUUUUUAUUCUAUUUACUUUAUCUGCUGAAGUUGCAUAAUGAGCUAAAAUUCAUGUUUUGGCCUUUGGCUGAUGCUUUCAAUUCAUUGGUGGCAGCACUGUUUCUCCUCAUUGUGGGCCUGUGUGCAACAUUAAUAAAGACCAUCAAGGAAACAUUGAUUGGAGGUGUAUUCUGCUUGCUGAUUUGCAUUCUUUGUAUAGCAGAUGCUACUUUAAUCCUGAGAAAAGUUACUUUUAAUAGGUCAUAGUAGGAAGGGAUGGUAUCCAAAGAUAAACUGGCCAAUCAAACCAAAGAAAUUACAUAAAACAGACAUCCCUAAUGUAGCUUCAUCCAGUUAUGCUGGACUACAGCUCCCAUCAUUCACAACCAAUGCCUAAAAUACUUUAUUGUGUGCAGAUGGGACAAAAUGCCAGGAGGUCAUCAGGUUGGGAAAAGCUGUUAUAAUCUAUUUUUAAAAGCCUGGUUUGCUACAGGCUGCUUGUCACAUUUUCUUUGUGUUUUCUAAAAGCUUUAGACUCCAGUUGAGCCAGUCAAGCUUUAUUAAAUUCUCUUCUAUUUCAAAAGGCAAAAUUAACCACAUGUUUAACCCUGCUAUCAAAUUACAUGUGAUUUAAAAUGCUUUAAGUGGAUUGUGCCUUUAAUUUAACUGUAUCUAUCAAAUCAAAUUCUUAUUACAGUCAAAGGCCAGCAUAAACUGUAUCUAGGAAUUUGAAUAUUAUGUACUUUAUCAAGUUAGUUCAUUUAUUUAGCAGCAUGAGCAACUGUUGAUAAAAAAUGUCUUACGUUUCAUAAUAGCUCUUUUCACCAAUGUAACAUUACAAAUGAUUAUAGGGUAUAUCUUCUUGAAUUGGUUUGUAUUCAGUCUUAAUGUUUUUAAUUAAAAAGAUUUACCUGCAAUAAUAUUAGAGCCCCAAGUGUUUAUUGUUUGCAUUCUCCCCACUCAGAACAUUUUUUAAAACUUUAAUCUUUUAACAAAAUGCCAUCUUAAAGAGCCACCAUCAUUGACUAUACUGCUUGUAAUAGCAGAGUAGCUGGGUUCACCCAAUGUGCUGGGCUAAUAUGGGGGUGGUUCAGUGAACCCGCUCCUUGUAAUUCAUCAUUCACCCUCUGGUCAUUAAUCAGCAUGUAGUGCAAACACAGACACACCCAGCACUUGGCAAAUCCCUCUUAGCAGAGCACUCAAGAAGAUUAAGUGUAAUAUCAGACACUUUUAGACUAUUAUCUGACAG